UGGGGAUCGGUUCGGGGGAGGCCUGGGGCCGCUCGCUGGUGCGCUGUCUCCGCCACCCCCCCUUUCGCCGCCGCCGCCGCCGCCGCCGCCCCGGGCAUGUCGUCCAACUGCACCAGCACCACGGCGGUGGCGGUGGCGCCGCUCAGCGCCAGCAAAACCAAGACCAAGAAGAAGCAUUUUGUGUGCCAGAAAGUGAAGCUAUUCCGGGCCAGCGAGCCGAUCCUCAGCGUCCUGAUGUGGGGGGUGAACCACACGAUCAAUGAGCUGAGCAAUGUCCCUGUCCCUGUCAUGCUAAUGCCAGACGACUUCAAAGCUUACAGCAAGAUCAAGGUGGACAAUCAUCUCUUCAAUAAGGAAAACCUCCCCAGCCGCUUCAAGUUCAAGGAGUACUGCCCUAUGGUGUUCCGAAACCUCAGGGAGAGGUUUGGGAUUGAUGACCAGGAUUACCAGAACUCAGUGACACGCAGUGCCCCCAUCAACAGUGACAGCCAAGGCAGGUGUGGCACCCGUUUCCUCACCACCUAUGACCGGCGUUUUGUCAUCAAGACGGUGUCGAGUGAGGACGUGGCUGAGAUGCACAACAUCUUAAAGAAAUACCACCAGUUCAUAGUGGAGUGUCACGGCAAUACCCUCCUGCCGCAGUUCCUGGGCAUGUACCGCCUGACUGUGGAUGGCGUGGAGACCUACAUGGUGGUCACUAGGAAUGUGUUCAGUCAUCGGCUCACUGUACAUCGCAAAUACGACCUCAAGGGUUCUACUGUUGCCCGAGAAGCCAGCGACAAGGAAAAGGCCAAGGAUUUGCCAACAUUCAAAGAUAAUGACUUCCUCAAUGAAGGGCAGAAGCUGCAUGUGGGAGAAGAGAGUAAGAAGAACUUCCUGGAAAAACUGAAGCGAGACGUUGAGUUCCUUGCCCAGCUAAAGAUCAUGGACUACAGUCUACUGGUGGGCAUCCACGAUGUAGACCGGGCAGAGCAGGAGGAGAUGGAGGUGGAAGAGCGAGCCGAGGACGAGGAAAGCGAGAACGAUGGGGUGGGCGUGGGCGGUAGCCUUCUCUGCUCCUACGGCACGCCUCCAGAUAGCCCCGGCAACCUCCUCAGCUUCCCCCGGUUCUUUGGACCAGGCGAGUUCGACCCCUCUGUUGACGUCUAUGCCAUGAAAAGCCACGAAAGCGCCCCGAAGAAGGAGGUCUAUUUCAUGGCCAUCAUCGAUAUCCUCACACCGUAUGAUGCUAAGAAGAAAGCUGCACAUGCUGCCAAAACAGUGAAGCACGGGGCAGGGGCUGAAAUCUCCACUGUGAACCCGGAGCAGUACUCGAAACGCUUCAACGAGUUCAUGUCCAACAUCCUGACGUAGUCAUCUCUACCUUCUGCCAGGGCCAGACUGCUGGACAAGGGGUCGGGGGUCGGGAGAGGGAAAGGGUGUGUUUGGGCUAGAGAGGGUAGGGAGCAGAGGGGGGUCAGGAGGGCUUUAGUAGGGGCUCAGCCUGUGACACAGGACACAGAGCAGCGCUACAAGGAGACGUGCUGUUUGUGCGUGUGCCCAUAGGAUGUAACCUGCCUGCCUGCCCGCCCUUGUGCGUGUGCCCAUAGGAUGUAACCUGCCUGCCCGCCCGCCCUUGAUAGGCCCCUCCGGGGUUCCCUCUUUUGGUAUCUUGUAACCUUUGUGAUACCUUGGGGCUAGAGAUGACUUGGUGGGUUUAUUUGGGUUUGUCUCUGAAAAUCAUCGCUCCGGGUUUGCUAUUUAUCCUGCUCCACGUCAUCACGUGCCACCUUCCCUGUCCUGUCCGGCUCUCGGUUCCCUUCAGUAAAGACUGGCACAGGGGCCAUGAGCAGCAAGUGCGCUGACCCCGCGAGAGGAGGCCAGACGCCUCCGGCAGCCAUGUUUUGGUCUCUCCUAGACGGACUUUUGAAUUUCCUGGAGUAUUGUGCAUAGUUUCCCUCCGUGUUUCCACCUUGGGUUCAAGUGAACUGUUGCAUCCACUUCUCCAUGCUGCCCUCGCGGAAGAACAUUGCAGGCUGAUCCCAGCAUCUUGGACCAGAGUCAGAGGCCUCAAGGGGGAACAGGUUCACCUUCAUGAGAUGGUGAGUGCCCGGAAAGCAGCUGGGCCCUCAGACAGCUGGUUCUCAAAGAACCCGGUGAUCACCAACCCAGCCAUCUGCUCCUCCGACCUGGAACUUUGAUGUCUGUCAAGCCUGCUUCCCACUGGCUCAAGGGGAACUAGAGAGCAUCUUCGCAUUAUCAGGACCCCUGGCUGUUUCUCUUUGGAUAAAAAUCUCAGAAACUAAUACAGGGUCGUGUGCAUCAUCCACAUCCUAACUCCUGACCUCUGCGUGCAGUCACCUGUAACUGGCCUUGGUCAGGGGCAGAGCCCUAAGUACCUGGGUGCUCCCUGUAGAGACACCACUCCAAGCCCCGACCUACUGUGUAGGUGUCUGGCCCCCCGUGCCUGUGAUUUCUCAACCUGGACAGCUUCAGCCAGCAAGGUGCUCCACCUGAGCUUGCCUGAGUCAUUUGAGGAUGUGACCCAGGAAAGCCUGUUUGGAGGACAGAUGGUGGGGUUUGACCCAUCCCCAGCCACAGGGCUGAUUUUCCUUGUUGCCCCCUCACCCUUUCUGAACUUGGGGUCUGCCUACAGGCCUCCUUGGGAAAGAGCGACGCACCCUGCAGCCGCACCCUGCAGCCUCCUUCGGGAUUCCGGCCCAGGCCCUCAGAAGGGAGCUACACAAGUCAUUCUGAUGCCACCAGAGCAACUGGUGGCCAGGAAGGAAAAUGGCCCUGUUGGGCUGCACUGGGAGAGGUACAUUCCUGCCUCCUCCCAACCCUCAGAAGGAAUCAGGAAUUUAGGAUGAGAUGGAAAAUGUGUAGAUAACCCCAAAGAUGUGAAGCGGGUUUGUGGAACUAUCUCGGGUGAAUAGUUGACUUUCUGUGACUGCCCCCCAAACUAGCCGAGCUCAGCUUUGGGGAGCAGGAGCCCUUGUGCGGUGUCCUCCCUACCCAGCGCUAAAGGAAGCAGACUUGGGCUUCUUUCUCUAGGGUUGCCACAUUGGGUCAAAGGCCUUCUGGUGAGGCAGGUGGGAGCCACGCUUCUUCCCAAGAAGAGUAUAAAUAAGGUUCUGGGGAGCAGAGCCGCAAGGGUCUGGGGAAGUACUCAGAACCACAUGGUUCAUGGAGAAAUGUUUUAAUUUAGGAGAGGGUUAUAUAGGAGUAAUGUCUGGACGUGAUUUCCCACCUAACAAUCAAGGGUGAAAAAUCCGGAUCCGCUCCAGUAGCCCCAAGCUUGGAAGGCGAGGUUCCUGGCUGAUCCUGUUGUCAUGCGUGUGAAAAGUGUAACAAUCUUAUCAUGCAACUAUCAGAUCUAACUUGUUUAACAUUGAGUUUGUGGGGAUUUGUUUUUUUGUGGGUUUUUUUUUUUGUAUAUUGUUUACAAUUUUGAGAGGUAGCAUUCUGUUUCAAAUGCUCUUUGUUUUCCUGACAGUAUUGUUGAGUGGGUCAAAAUAUUUGAGCUGUGGUUUGGUGGACUUUAUUUACAUUGUUUUUUUUUUAAAGGUCAUUCUCUGUGCUGUCUCCAAAACCUCUGGUUUGGCCCUCUGAUUGCUUUGGCAUUCAUAUGUUUAAAAGCUAUUUAUCUUGGUUCAUACAAGUUUUCUUCCUCUUUGUGACAAAGAUGUGCUAUUUGACUUCAAUCUCAAAGUGAUCUCUCUCUCUCACACACACACACCUACACACACCUGCACCCUCUUCUGAGAUCCCACCAUUCACUUUCUGGACAGCAAGCAAGGGCCAGGAAGAACGGCCCAACCAUCUUAUGGCAUCCAGAAUCAUUUUGGGUCUUCCAGGAGUAGAACCUUAAGAAUAAAGGCCCAGGCAGUUGGGUGAGGCCUGAGUGCGGAAAGGGGACGGACUCCUCUCGUCAGGUCACUUACCGUGUAGUGUCCAGUUACAACUUCUCUGGUCCCCGUCCCUCUAGUGGAAAGUGUGAAGCUGAGAAAGUAUGUGUCACAUCCAGCUGACGUGAGGGUACUGUGAAGACUCUAACUGACUAAAUGGCCUCAGGCUGUGUUCCUAGCGGAAGCCCUUGCUUGCAGGGCAGGGCAAGGAGCGAGGCUCUGCAGCAGCACUCAAUCUCUCCUCAUCUAGCUCAGGGGUUACUGGUCUGUGGCUGGCGCCAUGAGUGGCCCCCAGGCUGUUCUCAGUGGCACUGUGGCUCCCCCCACAGGCAGCUCUUCCUCCUCCCUCCCCAAAUCAUUGUUCUUCAUCCUAGGCUUUAGGCAUGAACAGGUCGGGUCACCUGGUAGUGCUCAGGGCAGAAGCGGCUGGAGUCCUGCCGAGCCCUGCCCUCUCCAGUGUGCCAGGCCUGCCUGGGGAGGUGGACCAAAGACCCAGGACUUCCUCAGUAGCCAGUUCAAUCCCCAGUUGUCUUUAUUGAUUCAGGUUGAGAGGGAAGAACAUUAGCUGUUUCUAGCACUUGACCUUCUCCAAAGUGUGACAGUGGCUGUGGUUUCCUGAGUUUUGAGACCACCUCUUUGUGGCAGUAAUGGGGGCUGGGGUGCAAAGGGAAACACGUUUAGACAGCUGCUCAAAAUCUGCCAGCCUAGUCCUCCUCUGAAGUAUGCCACUUAGGAAGAGUGAGUCAAGGAGAAUGAGACUCAGCUGUCCAUCAGCAGGUUGACACCAGGAAGGAGGCUGAGGAAGGGAAUACUAGAAGAGCUUGUCACUUACCACAGCCAAUUCUGUUAAGGGGGAGUCCUUACAUGGGGAGGGGUAUCUGCUCAGCACAUCUUGGCAGCAGGUCAGAACACUGAACACACAAAAUGUGAAUGAAGUCUGGAUUCACCUUUGGGACCGCAGGAUUAAAGUACCACCCACCACCUGUGACUUCUCCAUUUCCGGCUGCAAGUUCCAUUUUUUUUUAAAUAGGAAUUUUCACCCCUGUGCUUGUCUAAUGUCUGCUCUGAACAGUUCGAGCCCCUGUUACUGUUUUAAAAUGCAUGCGUGUUAAAAUGAAUCUCCAACUGGAGGACAAAAUAAAACUCGAAAAGCUUUGUGUA